AUGGGGAACAGCCUCUUUGCAAACUGCUGCAGGCACAUCACCGACCUCAUCUUCCAGACUCACAGCUCUAACUCUGCCGACGAGAGGGCUCCCCUCUUACCAAAGCCUCCCACAAGCUGCGCCACCGGCCCGGAGAUGCCAGCAGCUGCCCCAUGUGCUGGGCUCUAUCCAGACAUCAUCCCCAGUGAGGUGGUGACUGGAAGCCUUCAUAAGUGCACCCAAUACAUCCAAGACCUAUCCAAAACCAAGGAUGAAGAAGGCACAGUGACAGUGAGUGAUAAGAGCUCUUUGAGAGCCGUUGCUGGCGCUGCCGGGCCGCCGGGGCUGGUCGAUCAUGCUCAGUUGCUUGAGGCCUGCCAGAGCUGCGUGAAACUUGAGGACAGCAGCUUAGCCCAUAGAUCCUGCCACCGGGAGAAGCACGUGGCAGCAGCUGACGGGGGGGAUGCGGCCCCUGGAGCACGUCCCACCGGCCGGGGCCACGGCAAGGGACGAGCAGCCUUGAGUUUGGACACAGCCUCGAGGGGUCCGGACAGCGUGCUGGAACACGGAGGCGCUCCUGGGACGAGCGUGGGGAACACCUCACCGGUGCAAAGGACACCUCGCCGGGGGGGACAGGCGGCACAACCCUCGUCCAAGGCUCGGGAUGCAAGUACUGCUUUUGUAGUGACAGACCCUGCUGCCUGCCCCGGUGACAGGUCAAGCUGUGAUCCUGACCCUCAGGCGCAGGCACUGCCCCUCAAGCAGCAGCAGCAGCAGAAGAAGAAGAGGAAGAAAAAGAAGCUCACACUUCUAGAGCACCCAGCUGGCAUGGCACUGAUGAAUGGCAGUGGCCCGCAUGAGAGCCUCAAGGGCGAGAAGGAUGCCAGGCAGAAUGGCCACGAGGAGGCUGACCCAGGAGAAGAUGGGAACGACCAGGAGGUCAUUGUCAUACAGGACACAGGAUUUACCGUCAAGAUCUGUGCACCCGGGAUAGAGCCCUUUUCCCUGCAGGUGUCUCCUCAAGAGAUGGUGCAGGAGAUCCACCAAGUUCUGAUGGACCGCGAGGACACCUGCCAUCGGACGUGCUUCUCUCUACAGCUGGACGGCAAUGUCCUCGAUAACUUCGCUGAACUGAAAACGAUCGAGGGGCUGCAGGAGGGCUCACUGCUCAAAGUGGUGGAAGAGCCAUACACAGUGCGAGAAGCCAGGAUACACGUGCGUCACAUCCGGGACCUGCUGAAGAGUCUUGACCCAUCAGAUGCUUUCAAUGGUGUGGACUGUAAUUCGCUGUCCUUCCUGAGUGUCUUCACUGAAGGAGACCUGGGAGACAGUGGAAAACGGAAGAAGAAAGGUACUGAAAUGGAACAAAUUGACUGCACCCCUCCUGAACAUAUCCUGCCAGGUAGCAAAGAGAGACCCCUGUGUGCCCUUCAGCCCCAGAACAGAGACUGGAAGCCUUUGCAGUGCCUAAAGGUACUGACAAUGAGUGGCUGGAACCCACCACCCGGUAACCGGAAGAUGCACGGGGACCUGAUGUACUUGUGUGUCAUCACGGUGGAGGAUCGGCACGUCAGCAUCACUGCGUCCACCCGGGGAUUCUACUUGAAUCAGUCUACUGCAUACAACUUCAAUCCCAAACCUGCAACCCCCAGUUUUCUCAGUCAUUCCUUGGUGGAACUACUUAACCAGAUCAGCCCUACCUUCAAAAAAAACUUCUCUGCUCUGCAGAAGAAACGCGUUCAGAGACACCCUUUUGAGAGGAUAGCCACUCCUUUCCAAGUGUACAGCUGGACGGCUCCGCAAGCGGAACAUGCCAUGGACUGUGUGCGGGCAGAAGACGCUUACACCUCUAGGCUGGGCUACGAAGAGCACAUACCUGGACAGACCAGAGACUGGAACGAGGAGCUGCAGACCACGCGGGAGCUGCCACGCAAGAACCUGCCUGAGAGGCUGCUCAGAGAACGAGCCAUUUUCAAGGUUCACAGCGACUUCACUGCAGCAGCAACGAGAGGUGCUAUGGCUGUCAUUGAUGGCAAUGUCAUGGCCCUCAACCCCAGUGAAGAGACCAAGAUGCAGAUGUUCAUCUGGAACAACAUUUUCUUCAGCCUGGGCUUUGAUGUCCGUGACCAUUACAAGGACUUUGGUGGAGAUGUUGCUGCUUAUGUAGCUCCUACCAAUGAUCUCAAUGGUGUGCGGACCUAUAAUGCUGUGGAUGUAGAAGGGCUGUACACACUGGGGACUGUAGUGGUGGAUUACAGAGGUUACAGGGUGACAGCUCAGUCUAUUAUUCCUGGCAUCUUGGAACGGGAGCAGGAACAGAGUGUAAUCUAUGGGUCAAUAGACUUUGGCAAGACAGUUGUUUCACACCCCAAGUACCUGGAGCUGCUGGAGAAGACCAGCAGGCCCCUUAAGAUCCAGAAGCACAAAGUCCUCAACGACAAGAAUGAGGAGGUGGAGCUGUGCUCCUCAGUGGAGUGCAAAGGCAUUAUUGGCAACGACGGGCGUCACUACAUCCUGGACCUGCUCCGCACUUUCCCUCCAGACCUAAACUUCCUGCCUGUUGAAGGGGAGGAGAUGCCAGAGGAAUGUAAGAAAAUGGGGUUCCCCAAGCAGCACAGACACAAACUUUGCUGUCUCCGGCAAGAGCUUGUUGAUGCCUUUGUAGAACACAGGUGA